AUGCUCAAAAGUUCAGAAGUUUUCCAAUGCUUCCUUAAGCGGCCCGCGCGCAAGAGACUGAAAAAAAAAAAAAGAAAAAAAAAAGGUGACGCGGGGCCCGGGAAGGCGGCCGGCGCGGCCCCCCGCCCUGGUGAUCUGGCCGCCUUCGCUGGCGGCCGGGCAGUCUCCGGGAAGGAGCCAGCGGUGUGGCGAGAAGGGCGCCUUCUUGUUUUUUCUUCAGUUCGGGCUCUUUUUUCCGUUCUCGCCUGGAAGUGGCUCCGCGAGUUCCUUCAGGGCCGUUUGCCGCGCCCCGUUCCGGCCCGCUCCCCUAGCGCCGGCCCCGAAGUGGCCGGAGGCGCCCCGGGAGCCGGGGCGAGCGCAGGGAGAGGCCGCGCGCAGCUGGCGGCCCCGGGCGGCGGCGGCCCGGCACCCGCUCCGCGAGGCCCGGACUCGGACUGCGCGGCCGGCGCGGCGCGGCCGACCUGA